CAUCUCGCGAGCCUUCGCGGGAUCCGGACGUGGAAGAGGCCGGCGGCUUCGGCGAUGGAGUAUAUCACGACGCCCAAGGUAGAAAAUGUCAAGCUGCUAGAUCGUUAUACCAACAAGAAAGCAGCAAAUGGGACACUGUAUUUGACGGCUACUCACCUGAUCUAUGUAGAUACCUCAACUGACAUUCGAAAAGAGACAUGGGUCCUCCACCACCACAUAGCUACUGUGGAGAAGCUACCACUGAAUGCGUCUGGCUGCCAGCUGCAAAUUCGUUGCAAGAAUUUCCGCGUAGCUUGCUUUCUGAUGGUGCAAGAACGAGAUUGCCACGAAGUCUAUACCUCUUUGCUGAAGCUCUCACAACCAGUGAAACCUGAAGAACUUUACGCCUUCUCUUACAACCCCAAAACGCCUGAAGGCAGUCGAGAAACAGGCUGGAAGUCAAUAGACGUCAAAGCAGAUUACCUGCGGAUGGGCAUUGACAACAGCUCUUGGGAAAUUAGCAAUGUCAACAAGGAUUACGAGGUUUGCAGCACCUAUUCUUGGGAACUAGUCCUGCCUAAAGUGGCUACUAAAGCAAUGAUCUUGGGAAGUGCGAAGUUUCGAAGCCGAGGUCGGAUACCUGUGCUUUCCUACUUCUACAAAGAGAAUAACGCUGCCAUCUGCAGAUGCAGCCAACCUUUGUCUGGAUUUAGCACUCGCUGCCUGGAAGAUGAACAGAUGCUGCAGGCGAUUAGGGAAGCCAAAGCAGGGAGCCAGUUCAUGUACGUCGUAGACACAAGGCCAAAGUUGAAUGCCAUGGCCAACCGAGCUGCUGGAAAGGGCUAUGAGAAUGUGGAUAAUUACGAAUGCAUCCGUUUUAAAUUCAUCGGUAUUGAAAACAUCCACGUGAUGAGGAGCAGCCUGCAGAAACUCCUAGAAGUGUGUGAAGCAAAGUCUCCUUCAAUGAGCGACUUCCUUACAGGACUCGAAAACUCAGGCUGGUUGCGCCACAUUAAAGCUGUGAUGGAUGCUGGAGUCUUCCUCGCGAAGGCAGUCAGAAAUGAGGGAGCCAGUGUGGUGGUGCACUGCUCAGAUGGCUGGGAUCGCACAGCCCAAGUCUGCUCUCUAGCUUGUCUCCUUCUGGAUCCUUUUUAUCGGACAUUAAAAGGAUUCAUGGUUCUGAUAGAGAAGGAGUGGAUUGCGAUGGGCCAUAAAUUCUCACACAGGUGUGGCCAUCUUGAAGGAGAUCCCAAGGAGCUGUCUCCCAUCUUCACACAGUUCCUUGAAUGCACCUGGCAGCUCAUGCAACAGUUUCCAUGUGCAUUUGAAUUCAACGAGCGGCUGCUUCUUGAAAUUCAUGAUCAUGUCUAUUCCUGCCAGUUUGGCAACUUCCUAGGGACCUGUCAGAAGGAUCGAGAAGAUCUCAAAAUCUUUGAGAAAACACAUUCCCUGUGGCCUUUUCUUCUGCAGAGGAAGCUGGAAUUCAGAAAUCCAAUCUACAAGGGAUACACUGCUUACACGUCUCUCCAGCCCAAUACGCUGCCAUUCAGUUUCCAGUUCUGGUGCAGUAUGUAUAACCGUUUUGAUAAAGGGAUGCAUCCCAAACAAUGUAUUCUGGAUCAUCUGCUUAGCUGCACCAGCCAGAAUUUGCAGUUGGAAAACAACUCUGCAGACCUGGAACACAAAUUGCCUCUCUCAGAUGGGCUCCUGCCAAGUGAAACACCUGCCUUCUCCAAAGGGUUUGCCUCUUCGCUGGACAGUUCCAUCUCCCCUAUGGUCAACACCCCCCAGGACUAUGACACCCCUGUGCUGCUGACCAAUGGCACUAUUGGUGGGAGGGAAUGCGACAGACCAGAUGGGCAGGUGAUAAGUGAAGUGGGUCUCCCUCCUCCCGCCACCCCAAAUGGCAAUGGCUGCAGCCCAACCACCAUCCACAGCGUGCCUCUCUGGAGCAGUGAUCAAGCAGAUUUCCAGAGGGCCUGAAGCUGCUGGAUCUCCACCUCUGCUGGAAGAGUCAUAGCAAAGGGGCAAUAAAGUCUGAGAUCUAUGACUCUGUGCUGGGAACACCACCUCACUGACAUGUGGCUUAGUGUUGUAUUCUGUGUUCUCAAAGUGAAGGAGGACAGAGCCCAGUGGGGACUUUGGGUCAAACUCCCAGAGGUUGGGGAUGAUGCUGAGUUAGGGGCUGCCACAGUUCAUUCAAGCCAAAACGAUUUCCCAAACAUUCAUUUGGCGGUUGGGGGGGGGACAGAUGUGCACUCAGCCAAUUGAUGCUAUUGUUGGGUUCCAUGGCAGAUUAUAUUUUAAGUGGGGAGAGUUUAGAUAGAUAAAGGAUGCCUGCAUCAAUGCAUUUCAAAAGGGUGCUCCCAAGUAGCCCCCCCCCCCCCAUCCUUCUCUUUACAAAGUUAGAAUUCCCAUUUGGUCCCACUGUUAGCAAGGGAACGUUGAUCGUUGUGAUGCAGUAUUAGGAUUGUGUGGUUUUUUGUCUUUGCAGGACUUCCUGUCUCUUGUGUCUUUUGUUUAACUCUCCUGAACAGGCCCUGCCUUCUUAUUUCUCUCUUGUCAUGGUCCAUGGCCUUGAAUGUGUUUUUGGCAUGUUAGGAGAAAACUUUCAGGCAUCUGCAAAUAUGAUGGUUCAUUUAUCAUCUGAUGUCACUUUGGAGAACUUGGCUGUAGGAGAAGGCAUGUCAGAGCCUGGGGGAAGAAUUAAAAAAGACUAAGUCUGCUUGUGGCUCCAUAGGGAUUCUAGGCUGAUCCCUCUUUUAACACCACCACCCUCUCCCAGGUUCUGCAAUUCCUUCUCCUACUUUAUGCACGUUCUCAAGCCCCUUCCUUCUGCUCAAGCACUCAAGAAUAUCCUACCUAAUUAUCAGAAUGGACCUGCUCCUCCUCAGCAGCAAAACCUCCACAAAUUGAUCACCCGCCCCCACACAUAAUGUGCUUGCCUGAAGCUUCACUAAGAGUCUGACCUGGGCUAGAAUGCAUGUUUCCCGCAUGUUUUGAACCAAAACGAAACACGCGCUUCCUGUUUUGUUACUUAGGGGAAGGCUUAAUGCCAGCAAGGAAACGCUGAGCAGAGACAGCGCAAGACCUCUGGCUCUAAGUCCACCAAUAGAAGUGCAUGCAGAAUCUAUGUUCCUUUCUGCUUAGUGACACAAGUGAAAAAAACUUCUUGGGAUAAAACAAGCCUUCACCCUUAAUAUUCUCGGAAACAAGAAAAUGGCAGUGGAUUUUUUUGAAGCUUUGUCUCCCUCGAAAAGAGGAGACAAAAGACACUUGAGAACGUCCCUGAACCAAGAAUUACAGCUCUGAGUUAGCUUACAGCUUCAAAAAUACAAUGGUUGAGAAAUAACCCUUUUCCCUUGAUAAAUAAUUAGUUCUUCCAACAUAAUUUUAUUGGAUCCUGCACAUCUCUACUAUAUCUUCCAUUUUCUGCUGCAUCAGUAGAGUAAAAAAUCAGAUUUUUUUAGUAAAGCAAAUGACAUUCCUAAGGAGAAGCAUCUCAGCAUUCUUGUUCCCCAAACGAUGUGGGUGUUUCUUACAAAAAGUCAGCCGUUGCUCUUAAGCUGCCUUUGCUGCUCAGUUUCAGGAUGUCAUUCCACACACACAGUCCUUCAUGCCUUCAUGCAAAUAUUGUCGUCUUUAUGAAAGCAAAUGGACUUGAAUCCUUGCAGGACAAAAUCCUGGAAUCAGGCAGCUUUCAGAAAGUGUAAGUGUGCGUUUCAGAGGACAGUGUUUAGCAAUCUUCUUUCAUGCUCACACCAUCAUUGUCUUCAUUGCAGCAUUUCAAAAUUCCCUGGAAUACUAUUAACCAGUAUGCCUAUUGGGAUAGUUUGAAUGGCUUGUGAGCAAAAUAUCUGAAAUAUUUUUUGUUAUAGCAUUCCAGUAAACCUAAUCAUCUGAUGAACUCACAAUAGUGCAGGAAGAGAAUUUUACCAACUGCAUGGUUGCCCGCCCAUUUUAAAGUAUCUGCAUUGUUAUGUCUGUCCAUGUUGUUGAACAACAUUCUUGUUGACUUCUGCGAUGUUUUGUGUACUCCAAGGCCUAACAAAUUUUAAAGUGAACACACGAAGAUUUCUUUUCAAAAGGUUCACCAGUUUCCUUUUGCAGAUAGUUAAAACUGUGUUGCAUAUCCAGGCUGAAAUAUUUCUACAGUCCCUAUAAAGUUUGUCUGGCUGUAUUUUCGUCUUGCAAGAUUGUCUAAAACUCUGCAGAGACUUUUGAUAACUCAUCCUGAAUGUGAGUCAUGAGUACACUUGAAACCCUGCUAAAAUAAAAGUAAAAAUAUUAGGAGAUUAUAGUUGUGUAUAUAAAGAUAUAUUGCUGCAAGUCUUAUAGUAAAUUAAAUUUGUAAGUAUUUUUUUUAAAUUUCUUAUGAAAAUAAUAAAUUCCUCGCAUUUCUAAAAUGA